CCGCGCCGGGGGCGGGAGGGGGCGGGGAGCGCGCCAGCCGCGGAGAGUGGGGGGCGAUGGCGAAGCUCAGGGUGGCUUACGAGUACACGGAAGCCGAAGACAAGAGCAUCCGGCUUGGCUUGUUCCUCAUCAUCUCCGGCGUCGUGUCGCUCUUCAUCUUCGGCUUCUGCUGGCUCAGCCCCGCCUUGCAGGAUCUGCAAGCCACGGCGGCCAACUGCACGGUGCUGUCGGUGCAGCAGAUCGGCGAGGUGUUCGAGUGCACCUUCACCUGUGGCACCGACUGCAGGGGCACCUCGCAGUACCCCUGCGUCCAGGUAUACGUGAACAACUCCGAGUCCAACUCCAGGGCGCUGCUACACAGCGACCAGCACCAGCUCCUGACCAACCCCAAGUGCUCCUAUAUUCCGCCCUGUAAGAGAGAAAACCAGAAGAACUUGGAAAGUGUCAUGAACUGGCAACAGUAUUGGAAAGAUGAGAUCGGUUCCCAGCCAUUUACUUGCUAUUUUAAUCAACAUCAAAGGCCGGAGGAUGUUCUCCUGCAUCGCACACAUGAUGAGAUUGUCCUCCUGCACUGCUUCCUCUGGCCAGUGGUGACAUUUGUGGUGGGCGUCCUCAUUGUGGUCCUGACCAUCUGUGCCAAGAGCCUGGCCGUCAAGGCAGAAGCCAUGAAGAAGCGCAAGUUCUCGUAACAGGGAGGAGGAUUGUGGGAAGCCAAGCACAGAGGCUGCCCUGUCAGUGCUCGCCUGCCCUGCAGAGCCCACAUUUGGUGGCGCAGGAGAUGGAAGGAGCCACAACAGGCCUCCAAGAGGCACCUGCUUCAGUGGCAGCAGAAACAGACACAGUUGGAAGACUCUGGGACUCAUCACCUGUUUUCCACGUGCUGUAGCAAUGGAUAAAGGGUCAAGCUUUUAGCUAUAUGGAGCUGUUUGGAAAGCCCUCUAAGAAGUUGGUUUUCUUUGGAAAGCAACAGUAUCUUAUUUGUAUAGUGUAGUAUACAAAACAUUAUGAUUUAUGCUACUUACAAAUAUUAAAAUACAGUGCUCUGUGUUCUUUUCUAUUUUCUUUUUUUAUGCUUGGAUCACCAGGGUAUUUAAUAGGGGUCUAACGGUUUUUACUUGACUCCGCUAGAUUAAACUUAACAUUUGAAUCUGCAGAACUGUUAACCUUACUGCAUAACCACCAUUUUCCAUGAGUAAAUAGUAUCUUGACUACUACUUGAAAAAGGGAUUCUACAGUGGUAACUCAGCCUCCAGCCACUCUGUUUUUUUCCCUUUGAAGCCUGAAAGCAUCCUCCAUUGGCUGAUUAGUGUGGCCAUUGUUUCUGGCCAGAUGACUUUGUGAGAGAGGGACAUGAUUCUGAAGGUCUGUCCAAACUCUGGGCACACAGAGUUCUUAUUUAUCUGUUUAUGCUAUUUAUUCAUUUAUUUGAAGUGCUAGGAAUCAAAACAAGGGCAUCCCACAUGCUAGACAAGCUCUGGACCAUUGAGCCAUGUACCCAGACUCACUGUUCAGUUUUUUUUUUGUUUCUUUUUGGAAGGUUUUUUUUUUCUGUGCAGUAGGAUAUACAUGACAUGAAGAACACUCUUCACUUUAUAGUUAAAUGCUGUUUUCCUUUUUUUCUUUUAGAACUGAAAACAAAGUCUGUUCAAGCAUUUCGUUUUCCCUGCCUUGAUGUUCUGAUGUUAAAACGGGGUGACUGGCGCACUUGAUCAGUUUGCUCAGACAGGACUGCCCAUGCAGCCUGGCUCACCGCACUGCCCCUGGGCUUUCUGUACCUUCAAAAGUGCAUCGAAACCAGGCAUGGUGGCACAGGUGGAUCUCUCUCUAUCCAAGGCCAGCCUGGUGUUCAUAGUGACUUUCAGGACAGCCAGAGAUACAUGUUGACACCCUCUCUCAUUAAAAAAAAAAAGCAUCGGAAACAAUCCCCUUUGCAUCUGUUCAUAGGCUCAAAGUCCAAACACCAACCAUGAGUCCCAGCAGCUAUGAGACCCACCCCGUUCACCACCCAGAAUGGAGCCUUCAUUCACAUGAGAUGGCACACAUUUUCAGUGGAAGAGCAACUGACGGCAUAGCGUUGACCUUGGCUUUCUUCUCGCUCUGCAGACAUGCUGCCCUUAGAAUAAAAUUGGAAUGGAAGGGCAGGCUUGCCUCAGUUGUUUCCACGGGGUUUUGAACACUAAGUGAAGUGAUGGCUCCCUCCUUCACAGCCCAUAUGUCACUGUCCUCUUGCUGUCAGAGUGGAAGCUGUCAGAGUGCCCUGGUCCUCUGGAAGAGAAUAGUCAUUCUUUUUUCUAAAUCAGGUGUUAACAGGUUUCACUGUGAAUAAGGCCUGGCAUACACUAUUCAUGACAUCCUUUGAGGCUGCUUCCGUGCCUUGACUUCAAUCCCAGUUUUCUGUUGCAAGUGUCCCUGUUGUCUUAGCAACACAGAACUAUUCUGAAGCACCGGGUAACAUGAAACCAAGAAUCAGAGAAAAUCAUCGUCUUGGCAUCACACGGAGGGAGAUGAAGUCUGUUUUAUCCUCAUCCAAUUAUCUAUGAUUAACUGAUUAUAGCGAACACAUAAACCUUAAGAGCCCAUGGACAUAUGUCUGUGUUGGAAUAAAAGAGAACAUGUUAAUCAA